GUGAAACUUCUGGUAUUUCUGAGAAAGACAACCGAGUUACAGGUUGAAUAUUUGGACUGUCGUUUUCUGAAGAACGAGUCUUUGAGACUUUCCACUACACCUGAUGGAGCCUUUGAAAGGCUGGAGCUCACUGCAUGAAUACAUUGUUGUGCUUGUGUUCCUUAUAACGGCCAGCAAAGGGUCAGCAUGUGAGCCUCCUUCCAGUCCUGAGUGCUUCAAAAGAAACAAUAAGGACACUAUUAUCACUUGUGAAUGGAAAAUGAAGACGACUAAUCCUAAUGUGACAUAUAGCCUUCAUAUUCAUGAACAAACAAUCAAGACCUCAAAUAAGACGUGUUCCUUCGGGCAAGAAAAGAUCGGCAUCAUAUGGAGCGAGGUAGUCGUUUGGGUGGAAGCUGACGUAGCAAACUCCAGCUGCAGGUCGACUAAGAGGUCGGUGGUGCUCAAUAACACAGUUAAGUUUGAAGCACCACAAAACAUAAGAAUGUCCUGGUCUAAAAACAACCUGAACUUAAAGUGGAUGGCUGCAGGGUAUCCAGCUUUAUGCGAGGUCCUGUUCAGACGCAACGAUGACCCCACAGAAUCCUGGGAAAACAGAACCACAGAUCCCACCAUUGAGUCUUCGCUCUACCAUCUUACUGUUGCAAAUCUGUCAAAGGAUUCAGUUUACCAACUUAAAAUUAGACAUCGGUAUAAUGGCUCUGAAAAGGACCUGGUCUCUCUGUGGAGUGACUGGUGUCCAGCUUUGACUGUUCCUCCAGAGCUUGAACAAAAACCUGAAGUCGCCAUAACAACAAAGCUUUUAAAUGGCACUCGAAUGGUGACGCUGGAGUGGAAGGCAAUGCCACAUGCAGAGAGGUACAUCCUUAAUGACACGCAGUCUUCUCAUGGAUGUCCCUGCAAGAAAAAGAACGAUCUUGUCACCCAACUUUCAAACCACACUUUUUAUGUCUCGUUAUCUGCCGUCGACAUCUCGGUAAUCGCCAAUAACUCUGUUGGCUAUUCUCCACCAGCAAUCGUACAAGUACAGGCGGAACCUGUCGCAAAUUUAGCAAUUUGUGACAAAAUGGCACUGAAUGAAAAGUUUGAUAAGAAAACUUGCCGUGAGUGGUACGAGCAGCAGGAUGGAGAUUCAAUGUCCGAAAAUGUGAUCAAAAUGAUGAAGAAGAAGAAGAAGAAGAAGGGAAUAGGCUUAAAGGACUAUGUUCGCUACCUUUACUUUGAACACAAAUGCGAGGCCGAUGGGAAACCACAGACGGUUAAAAUGUGCCUCUUUUAUCAAAAGGAGGGCGUUCCACGGAGUGAACCCCAGGACCUUACUUCUUUAAGAGAAACACAAACUUCUGCUGACUUAUCUUGGAAAGAAAUCCCCCCUGUGGACCAGCGAGGUUUCCUCACACAUUACACCCUCUGCAGCGUGAAAGUCAGUUCACAAGAUGAGGUUAAAGAGUGCCGUAACAUAUCAGCCUCUCUGACAAAACAUUGUCUGGAGAACUUGUCACCGGGAGGUAAAUAUAACAUCAGCCUAUUUGGAGUCACACGUGCUGGAAUGGGACCCAAAGCCACACUGACCAUCUCCACACUCCAUGAGAACUCUACGCAUGUGUGGUGGAGUCUGGGCAUGCUCAUUAUGUUCUUUUCCUUGGCAAUAACUUGCACCUGCAUCUUGAAGAGAAUCCAAAACAAGAUCUAUCCUCACGUGCCAAAACCUAUUAUUCAAGAUUUCAACCCCUAUCGACCAGAAAGUGAGGAGUUUCUGGAGGGAAAGGAGCAGGUAGACGACCUAACGCUGCACCAUCUGCCAGAGGUCAAGCCUGCCCCUGAGGACGCGGAGGAGACCACUGGGGAGGACGGCAGUGACCUGGACAACAGGGUUGACUCAAUGAUGUUGGAAGGAAUCAGUGACGAGUGUCUUGGCUCCACAGAUGAGGCGAUGAGGAGCUCCAGAGAAGGAGAAAUGAAUGAUCUCAAACAAAUAGACAACGAGAUCGCCAUGCUGAUCUACAGGAACGGUCUGGUCUUCGACAUCCAGACAGACUCGCCUUAAUAUUAAAUAAAGGUUCAACUGACUUGCAGCACAGAAUGAAAUACCAAACUACUAGACUAGAUGAACACGUUUCCCUGUCAAAACGUUUUCAAUUGAAAAAGGAAAAAGGUAAAAGAAAAAAAAUUGAAAAAUUGAAAAGGGUAAAAGUUUGACGUAACCUCUAUUACAUUAAUUGGCACAAUAUUGUGUCCAUACAUUCAAAAAAGAAACAUGCAAAUAGAAAGAACCAGGGUGGAGCUUGUGCAAUGUGGGAGGAAGUGGUGGUCAUGAAAAAAAACAAUGACCUUAAAAAAAAGCUCAGCGAAACACUGGAGUACUCAUCACCAAGGCAACUUCUGCUGUGUGUUGUUUUUUGUCUUUUUCAAACUAGAACAUGAUGACAGUGGGAACAUUUCACGCAACGCUGCACUUAGCUUUCUCUGCGGAGAAAAGAUCUAUAAACUGGUUCCUGUACUAUUUGGUUGUGGCCUUGUACUGGUUGUUUAGAAAUGACACCGUCUCUCCCCACAUGGAGCAAAAAAUCAUCCGUGCCGACCACAGAGUGCUGACAUUUUACAAAAGUCAUGUGCUGAAAAUUCUAUGAGCCUUAACAACAGUGUGUGUGUGUGUGUGUGUGUGUGUGUGUGUGUGUGUGUGUGUGUGUGUGUGUGUGUGUGUGUGUGUGUGUGUGUAUGCGUGUGUGUGUGUGUGUGUGUCUGUGUUAACCCGUAUAUGGUGUUUGGGUCCGUGGGAUUUUUUAUCAAACAAAAAUAAUAUCAUUAAUUAUAUUUUCAAACUUAGACACAGACCUUGGUCCCUUUUCUGCGGAGAACAUAAUAAUAAUAUCAGAACACAUUUUCAUUGACCGUCCAAAAGGCCUGUGCUCCCCAACAUUAAACAUAUUUUCUGUUUAUAUUUCUUCUAAUUGGGGUGAAGUAAACAUCUGUGUAUUUUAAGAUGAUUGUUUUAUAUGGUUGGACUUUUAGUCAGCAGAAGCUGAUGUUUGGGGGGUACCUGUACUUAACUUAUUGUGAGCUUGGUUUACUUUGUCCCAUGUUGUAACACAAGUUGUCCAACAGGUGGCAGAAGUGCUCGUUUGUUUCAUUUAACGAAAUCUGAGAAUGAUCAUUUUUUAAUCAUUGAGAAAAAUGUAAUUUUGGAUUGUAAAAACACAUCUGUGUAUGAAUGACAAAUAAUGAUUUGAGAUAGUUUACUGCUAAGUUUUUAUUAAAUUGUUUAUUUAGUUAAUGUAAAUGUACUGUUUUGUUUCUGUCCUGGUAUUCAACACAUUCUUAAUGUAUAAAUCCUUUCAUCAUCCCUUUGCCUUGCCAUAAAGUGUGCUUUUCUCUGAUACAAAUUCACAGAGCUUUUGCUUGUCGUGUCUGAAAGUAAGACGUGGCCUCGUAGUUGAAGAGAAGGAAGCAUGAUGGAGAAUCUAAGCCUCCGCCUGGAUUAUAUCUUUGGAGGCUUCCAUCUGUAACAUGACUCAUGGCCGCUAGAUGGCAGUGUCAGCUGCGAGCAAAGAGUCUCACAAACCUUUCCGUUCAGCAGGAAAUUCCCCCUUCUGCAGUAGUUUUGUCGGAAAAGGCAUUUUCAGUUUUUGAGUGCUGCCCCGACACUGAAAUGACUCGCUUUGACAUGGUUUUGCUUAUCAGUUAAAGAAAAGGUGUGUAACCAGGGACGCGUACAAUAUAAUUAAAUAUUAUUCUGACUGCUUAU